UUGUGUGCUGUGCUGGAAGCAACCACGACCGCCUCCAAUUUCAAAUUUACAAGACUCCGUCGGCAGCCCCAAAUCAGCCACCAAACAGAAACCCUAAUCCCCGAUUCGAGAAAACCCUUAUCCCUAAAUUAGUCAAAAAGAGACGACAAACUUCUAGAUUGAAGAAUCGUUUAAUCUUUUGCUUCGGAACCACUAUAAAUACUCCUCUUUUGAUGCCCACAUUGCGUUAUCCAUACUUCAAUUUCUGCUGCGACACUUUCUCUCUUUGUUCUUCUCUUCUACGACAGAUUUCCGAUGGGCGAGGGAUUGAAGAAGAUUUUCAACGGGAUAUACUCAUCGUGUCAGGCUGAGGAGGAAGAAGAUCUCGGCCAGUAUUCUGAUUCAGGUGGAGAAUCCGAUUCCGCUACCUCGCCGCGGAGCCGGCUGCGGAGAUCGCCUCCAUCUCGCUUUGAUUCCGGCAACCCACUUUACGAUUUCUCCUACCUCGUCGAGCAGCUGCCAGUAAAGAAAGGUCUCUCCAAAUACUACCAUGGAAAGUCUCAAUCUUUUACCUCCCUCUUAGAAGUGAAGGCUUUGGAAGAUCUCCCCAAGAAGGAGACAGAGGUUAUCUUCACAAGAAAAAUGAAGCCAUGCAAGAGCUACACAGUUCUGGACAUGGCUGAAAUGCCAGUUUCUUUAUCAUCUGAGAGCAACUCCACAUUGAAGAAAACGCUUCCGUCUAUGGCUUCCUGUGCUUCUUCGAUAGCAAGGAGUAAAAGUGGCGGCUCCCGACCUCCGGUGGCCACCGGCCUCCUAUUCCUGUGAACAAGCGUCAGUAAGCUGGUUUCAGAAGUUAUGUAGCUGAGUUAAUAAGCCAGAGGGCUUGUUGCUUUGUUGUUGCCAUUUUUUGUACAGAUGAGGGGGGAGGUUUAGGUGAAAGAAAUGUGAACUUUUUAAGUUUUCUUUUUCAGAUGUUUUGUUUGGAAAUUGAUGAUUUAUGAUUUUGAAUUCUGG